AUUAAUUUUCUUGACUGCACACAUUUAACCUGAAUAUUCUAGCAUAUUUGCUAUUGCUUCUUUUUAUUUUUUUUCGUUCAUUCAUUGUGUGAUUGGAAAAGCAUCGAGACUGAUUUUAUCAAGCAACAUAAAUCAAUUUAGAUUGAUUUAUUUUCUUUUUCUGUGAAUUUUUUUUAUCAAAUACUUUCGAUUAAAAUAUAUUCCAUGCCAUGCGCGAUAAACUUGGUCAAUUCUUUUGUCCAGAAAAGAGUGUAUCCAAAAUUGAUUUAUCAGAUGUUGCUACACAAGGACAUAAUGUGCCAAUUAAAGAUACAUCAAAAUACGUUCAAAACGGGCCAACGUGUACAAAUGGGAAUGUUCAUGCAAACGGUGAACAAGAAAAGACCGACCCAUGUGGGCAAGGGAGGAUGCGGCAGUCAAUGGAGGGGAAGUUUGCAAAGGAGAACAACACUGUUCACCUCCAGAGACGGGUGGGACUCUUCAGUGGGGUUGCUUUAAUUGUUGGGACUAUGAUAGGAUCUGGAAUUUUCGUGUCGCCAUCAGGUUUGCUAGUACGAACAGGGUCUGUUGGUAUAAGCUUUUGUAUAUGGCUCGCCUGUGGUCUACUUUCUUUAUUGGGUGCAUUGGCAUAUGCAGAACUGGGAACGAUGAACACAUCGAGUGGAGCAGAAUGGGCAUAUUUCAUGGAUGCGUUUGGUGCAGCUCCGGCAUUUCUAUUUUCUUGGGUCUCGACGCUUGUAUUAAAACCAUCACAAAUGGCAAUUAUAUGUCUAUCUUUUGCACAAUAUGCAGUUGAAGCUUUCGUCACAGAAUGCGAUCCACCCGUCAUGGUUGUGAAAAUGGUCGGCAUUUUAGCGAUUGUGAGUAUUCUUUGUGUGAAUUGCUACAGUGUGAAUUUGGGUAUGGCCGUGCAAAAUAUAUUUACCACGGCAAAAAUGAUCGCAGUAUUGAUUGUCAUCUGUGGUGGUGCGUACAAACUGUCCCAAGGUAAUGUUCAACACUUACAAAAUGCAUUUAGUAAGCCAUCACCACCACUUGGAGCGAUUGCAGUGGCCUUUUAUACGGGCCUAUGGGCCUAUGAUGGUUGGAACAAUUUAAACUACGUAACGGAGGAAAUUAAAAAUCCAAGCAAAAAUCUCCCACUCUCGAUUAUCAUCGGCAUUCCAUUGGUAACUCUGUGCUAUGCACUGAUCAACAUUUCUUAUUUGACAGCAAUGUCGCCCGAUGAAAUGAUUGAUUCGGAGGCGGUGGCGGUUACUUUUGGAAACAGAAUUCUGGGACCGUUAACAUGGUUGAUGCCUUUGAGUGUGACCAUUUCCACUUUUGGUAGCGCAAACGGAACACUGUUCGCAGCUGGACGAUUGUGCUUUGCCGCGAGUCGUGAAGGUCAUUUGCUUGAUAUUCUCUCCUACGUACAUGUUCGACGCCUUACACCGUCGCCAGGUCUAAUUUUCCAUUCAUUGAUAGCCGCAGCUAUGGUUCUUUAUGGAACAAUCGAUUCUUUGAUCGAUUUCUUUAGCUUUACGGCAUGGAUUUUCUACGGCGGUGCAAUGGUUGCUUUGAUUGUGAUGCGAUACACAAAACCGAAUUGUCCACGGCCAUACAAGGUGCCGAUCUUCAUUCCAUACUUGGUAUUAGCGAUUUCAAUGUAUUUGGUGGUGGGACCGAUUAUUGAUAAUCCACAAAUUGAAUAUCUGUAUGCACUCAUGUUCAUAUUUGCUGGUUUAAUCUUUUAUAUUCCAUUUGUUAAAUUUGGUAUGACACCGCGUUUUAUGAAUAAAGUAACAUUGUUCCUGCAAUUGUUAUUGGAAGUGGUGCCAACUACGACUAUGGGAAUGUUUGAUUAAAAGAAAAGAAAUCUACAAUGACAAAUUUAUAUCAAUAAUACAAAAAAAACAUAAGAUGAAGGAAAUAACCCACAAAAUAUACUGUUAAUAUACAUUAUAUAUAUUUUAAAGAAAAAAAAUUUAUAUUGAUACAAAAUUGAGAUGAAAUUAUAUUGUAUACAUAAAAAAGCAAUUUAGAAGAAGCACAUGAAGAACAAACAAAAAAAAAAUGAAAAAUGAAAAAUAUUCAAUUAUUAUUCAUAAUAAUUAAUACAAAAAAAAAAAAAUAAGUUUGUAAAACAUUUGAUCAAAUGAAUUUCAUCAAAGAGUUGUGUCAAGAAUGCUUCAAAUUUGUUUACAGACAGGAGAAAAAGCUGUAGUUUUUAUAUGUUCAUUUCUUUGUGACAAAUGAAAAUCCAAAUUUAUAAGACUUAUUUGAAUUUUAAAACCAAAAUGCAUUCAAUGCAUCAAACCAAAUGCUAUAAUAAGUUUUAUGUAUUUUUUUCGGCAAUAUGAAUAAAGUUAGACGGUUUUUCGAUUAGUUUUAUUGGCAUAAAA